AUGGAAAAGAUUUUCAAUAAGUAAAAGGUUUUUAAUUUGAAUGAAAACAUAAAUGUUCUUNUUCCUAGAUAAAUUCAAAGAUCAGACAUUUGUCUAAGGAAUGCAAUCAAUUAAAUGUGAGAAUUUUAUAAAUUAGAUUGAAUAAAUAAAAAACAAUCUUAGAUGUAUACUUUUAUUCACUAUUUAUAGAAUUUCAUUAAAGAUCCCAAUUUUAUAACUAGUAAACAUCAUAAUAAUUGCUAUUUCUAUUAAUUCAACCAGAAAACACUUGAACAGAAAUACUUUAUAAAACUCCAAGAUUUACUCAGAUCUAAAAAGGAACAAUUAUAAUCAUAAAUAUAAUUAUAAAAUAAUAAAGCAUUAUAAAAGAAACAGCUAAGUUUAAAAGUAGAAGUAGAAUCAAAUCUAGUUUCCAAUAAUGACAUGGAAAAUCUGAUUUCUAAUAUUUAUACUUUAAUAAAUGAAGAACCAAAACAAUCAUAGUUUAAACUUAAUAUUAAAAUUGUAUAUUAUAUUAUUUAUAUUAGAAUGAUAUUACUAAAAAUUUAUGUCCAAUUGUUCAAUACAAUAGAGUUAAGCAAUUUGCUAAUAAGAUUAAAGCCAAGAAAUAAUUUGAAGUUAUACAUAUAUGA